AUGAUUAUCAAACGAUGCUUUGUUCUGGCUGCUAUUGUAGCCUCUGCUUAUGCUGCUAAUCCUGAUUUUAUCGUUAUCGGGGGUGGCACAACCGGUCUGGCAUUAGCUUCACGGUUAUCAGAUGUCAGCAAAUUGCAAGUAAUGGUACUCGAAGCUGGUGAAAGUGGCUUCAAUAACAGUAAUAUUGACUUGCCUUUUGGUGGAUCUGCAAUAGGAUCUAAAUUCGAUUGGAAUUACACCACAGAGGCACAAGCCGAUUUUGGCCUUCAUCCGAUUUCUUUACCGAGAGGCAGAGUUCUUGGAGGAACGAGCGCUUUGAAUGGACUUGGUUGGGAUAGACCUCAUUCUCUCGAGAUAGAUGCGUGGAAUAACCUUGGCAAUGAUGGCUGGAGCUUUGAUGAUCUACUUUACUACAUGAAAAAGUCAGAGACCUUCCACAUUCCAUCUGAUGAUAUUCUUCACAAAUAUUCCAUUGAUGACAAUGACAAGCUCAACGAUUAUGCCAUUGGACAUGAAGGUCCACUUCAAGCUACAAUUAGCCAGAAUGUCCCCGAUUUUGCAAGGAGAUGGCUGCCAGCCUUCCAAGAUAUUGGUGUCAACGCCAAUUACAGCCCUUGGGAUGGAGACAAUUCUGGAGCUAGUAUAAAUCCAAGCUCAGUAAACUACCACAACUUCACAAGAAGUUACUCCGCAUCCGCUUAUUAUUUCCCUCUUGCAUAUAGAGAUAAUUUACAAGUCGAAUCUAAUGCUCAAGUUAUUAAGUUGAUAGUGUCUGACAGUCGAGUUACCGGUGUGACCUACACAAAAAGUGGGGAAGAGUUUACUGUAUCUGCUGAGAAAGAGGUCAUUUUAUCAGCUGGUGCAGUUGGCACACCUCAAAUAUUGGAGCUGAGUGGUAUUGGAAGAAGAGAUAUUUUGGAGCAAAAUGGUAUUGAUGUUAUACUGGAGUUAGACGGUGUUGGUGAAAACUUUCAGGAUCACACAGCUAUUUCUACUAUUUGGAAGUUGAAACCAGAGUUUAGCUCAAAUGAUCGAUUGACACACGACAGAGAGCUGUAUCUUGAGGAGCUGCAGAAAUUCCAACAGGGUGACUUCACAUCAAAACUUGCACACGUCGGAGCUUGUCUUGCAUAUGUAAGCUUGGAUAUUGUCUUCGAGGAAAAUGAGAAAAAAUCAUACCUGAAGAGCGCUCAAGAAUGGGUAGAGUCUCAAUCUGACUCAGUCUACGCUUCGUUGUAUCAGGAGCAGAUGAAAUUUAUUGAAACUAAUGCAAUCGAACAUCUUGUGGCCAAUAGUUUUGUUUCAUACAAUGACGAUAGAAAACCAGAGACUAACACCAGCUACAUUUCCGUCGAGGCUGCUGUCCAACAUCCGCUUUCACGUGGCUCUAUACACAUUCACUCCGACCAUAAUGAUCACCCUAUAUUAUCAGCAAACUAUUUUGGAGUUGAAUCAGAUAAAAUUUUACAGACCCAAGGAUUGAAGCACAUAAGGAAGCUCAUGAAGUCACCAUCUAUGCAGGAAAUAAUACAGCAAGAGGUGUAUCCUGGUCCAAGCGUGAAUAAUGAUAAGGAUCUUGAAGAGUAUUGGAAGACUGCAAUUAGAAGCGAGCAUCACUUGAUCGGUACUGCCAGUAUGAUGCCAAAAGAGCUUAACGGCGUUGUUGAUAGCAAUCUAAAGGUCUAUGGGCUAUCUAAUUUACGUAUUGCUGAUGCAUCAAUAAUGCCGUUACACGUAAGUGCACAUAUCCAAGCAACACUUUAUGGUAUCGCAGAAAAGGUAGAUUUGCAUCUUGAUCUCAGCAAUUUCUUAGCUGAUAUCUCAAUAGACUGCUGA